ACGACACCGGAGGACAGCCGAGCCUGCCCAGCGUCUGUAACUCUGCUAAGAAAUGGCGGCGUCCGUGUGCCGAGUCGGGAGCACCGUGGGUCGUACCCUCGCCAAAGCCCGCAGUCCCAUCCUGCUGUCUUUGAGACGUGGACAGGCCUCAGUCAGCUAUGCCCAGAGCCUGCUGGGAGCUCCUGAAACCCGUCUUACUGAGUUGGACAAUGGUUUCAGGGUUGCAUCUGAGGACACAGGCAAUGGCACUUGCACUGUUGGACUGUGGAUCAGUGCUGGCAGUCGUUAUGAGACUGAGAAGACCAACGGAACGGGCUUUUUCCUGGAGCACUUGGCUUUUAAGGGAACCAAAAAUUACCCUUCCACAGCCCUGGAGCAGCAGGUAGAGUCUAUGGGCGCCCACUUGAGCACCUACACUUCGCGGGAGCAUACUGCGAUCUACAUGAAGACCCUGGCCAAAGACGUGCCUAAAGCUGUGGAGCUGCUGUCAGAGGUUGUGCAGAACUGCUCGCUGAACGAGGCCGACAUUGAGCAGCAGAGGGGCGUGGUGCUCCGUGAGCUGGAGGAAAUUGAGAGCAACCUGCAGGAAGUUUGCUUCGACCUGCUGCAUGCCACAGCCUAUCAGGGCACUCCUCUGGGACACAGUGUGCUGGGCCCGACCGACAAUAUCAGGAAUGUGACCCGCGAGCAGUUAGUGGAGUACGUCAACAGCCACUUUAAAGCACCUCGCACGGUACUGGCUGCUGCUGGAGGUGUGAACCACGAGGAGCUGGUUGAUUUGGCCAAAUCUCACUUCGGUGGAAUGGCUUUUGAGUACGACAAAGAUGCCAUCCCUUUACUGUCACCCUGCCGGUUUACUGGCAGUGAGAUCCGUUUUCGUGAUGAUGAUAUGCCUCUGGCACACAUUGCCAUCGCUGUGGAGACGACUGGUGUUGCCCAUCCGGACAUGGUGCCCCUCAUGGUGGCCAACUCUAUGAUUGGCAGCUAUGACCUUACUUAUGGAGGUGGAAAGAACCUGAGCAGCCGUCUGGCUCGCUUGGCACUUGACGAUAAGGCGUGUCACAGCUUCCAGGCCUUCCACUCCACUUACAGUGACACCGGCCUGCUGGGCGUUUACUUUGUGACUGAUAAGAUGAGCAUUGAUGACAUGAUGUUCUCGCUCCAGAAUACCUGGAUGACCAUGUGCACCACAGUCACAGAGAGUGAUAUCGCCAGAGCAAAGAAGGCUCUGAAGGCCAGCCUGGUUGGACAGCUCAAUGGAACAACACCAAUUUGUGAUGACAUCGGCAGACACAUCCUGAACUACGGGCGGCGUAUUCCUCUGGCAGAGUGGGACGCUAGGAUCGACGCUGUGACCCCCAGGAUGGUGCAAGACGUCUUCGCCAAAUAUAUCUACGACAAGUGUCCUGCUGUGGCAGCCGUCGGCCCCAUCGAGCAGUUACCCGACUACAACAGAACGCGUAGCGGCAUGUACUGGCUCAGGUUUUAAAACAAGAUAUCGUGUUGCUCCGUGUGUCCCACGUUUGCUCUUCAACUUCUUCCUCAACUUGACUUUGCUUUCCUCCCGUAAUCGAGAGCGAACACCUGAGGAUCGUCCACAUGUUGGCGUGACAGCAGAGACAGCCAUCCAUCGUCCCUCUUGCCUCCCUCUUUUAUCCAAUGCACUCAUUACUUUCAGUUAUCCCUGCAGGGGGCAGCCAGUGUGUACAUUUUUUGUUUUUUCUUGAAAUUACACCCUGGAUGCAUCUUGAUUGUACUGCACAGGUACUCAUCACCUGAUAUUGACCUACAGAGGAAAGGGCAGUGAGGGCGAACUUGAAUAUUAGAUAUCUACAUGACAGUGAUACAGCCAGUACUGAAAACACCCAGUAUGGAGCAAGAGUAUAUUUAUAAUUCUGUAACAUUUGUUUCUGUCCACUAUUGUACAUAACAGAAGCUCUCAUUCCGACAAAAUUAAAAAUCUGUAAAACAUU